CCAUGCAUUGCGUUAGUAGUUAGCGCGAGCACUUUCUACUUCAUACUAGUUAACUGACCGAAGAAAAGGCGCUCUAUCAUGGCCGAUUCCUCUUCGAUCCCCGAGCCGCCGCAGGACAGCAGCGACGACGACGUGUUGGAGCUGAACAAGGACUUGGAGAGAAUUAUAGAAGCCAUUGAGAACAUAUCAGUGCAGCUCACGUGGGGGGGUUACGACAUGGUGGCGCUGCGGACCAGUCCCGAGCUGGGCACCUCCAUGCGGAACAUGAACGAGGCCUUCCAUAGAUGCCGCGCUAUCAUCUGUGGAGACCAUGAAAAGGAGCCAGCGAGGGGGUGAACGGAUCCCGAUGCCACACUAUUCAGAUGUGAUCCCACCGUGUUCAGCUCACGAGACGACGUGUCUGCUCUCUGACUGUUUGCGUAAAAAAAAAGAAGAAAAAGGGAUGUUUUAUUCAGUGAUGUACAGACUUAUUGUUGCGAGGCCUUCAACUUGUGUUAGUGGUGUGGGUUUUAAAGU